AUGCCCAAAGAACGCAACUUCAACCCCGUCGCAGCCCAGCACAAAGCAGACAAGAAGCAAGCGCUCAAAAGUCAAAAGCAAAUGUCCAAGCGCAAAGAAACGAAAAGCUCGCUCGCCGCAACCCAGAANCGUCUGCAACGACAAAUAGACGACCUCAAAUCCCUGGCUACAACCCAGCAACUGCGACCAAAAGACCAAGCCACCCUCGAACAGCUCGANAAAGAUUUGCGCGCUGUCAGAAAAGCAAGAGAUAUCUUGGGUGAAAAGGCACCAGAGUUUAGGCCGAGGCGAGAAGACAGAGAAGGAGGUCAAGGACAAGACGGCAGAAAGAGGAGAAGGCAAGAUGAAGACGAAGAUGAGACAGAUGAGGAUGUGAGGAAGAUUCCUAUGCCGAGAGAUACACCGCCGCCCAUCCCACGCAGAACCCAACCGCAUCAAUUGCCGAACAAACCUGCUGCUGCUCCAGUGCCGGCGCAAACGACAUACAGCUCUGCCCCCGUCCUGCGCAACCUCAAGGAAGAGGCGAAACGAUUCGUGCCUGCUGCUGUGGCGCAAAACAUUGCAAGACAAAAAGGACAAGGAGGACGAUUGCUGGAGCCUGAAGAAGCCGACAAGCUUGAGAAGGCCGGGUAUAAUGACGCGCGCAAGAUCGCUGACGAGAUGGAGAAGGAGGCCGAAUUUGAGAUGAUGAGUCGAGGGGAGAAUGGAGGGCCAGCGGCCGAGAACGCUUUGAGACACGUUGAAAUGGAAGAGGUUGAAGACGAGGGCCUCUGA